GGCUCCUCGGGCCGCCGCACGGCUCAGGGGCUGGGAGCGCCGGGAGCCCCGCGCCCCGCCCGGCCUGCGCUCCGCCCGGCACGGCCCGCCCCGGGAGGGCCCUCCGCGCCAAGCAGGGCGUGGGUCCGGCGCUGCCGGCGAGCAGGUGACACCGCGGCUGCCCGGCGCCGUGUGCGCGGCAUGUGCGCGCCCGUGUAGCGGGGCGGCCCCAUGGGCGGCGGCGCCGGCUCCUGCCUCUGCCCCCCGUCUCUGGAAGCCCGGGCAGGAAACGCUCCUCAUGUCUUCCAGAUAAAAAUAAAAGCGACUCCUUCCUCCCGGCCGCAGAGUGUCCCCGCGCCCGGCCCGACGCGGGGCUGAGCCGGCCCCGCCGCCCGGCAGCGCCUCUCGCCGCCGCUCAUGGACAUCGCGACGGGUCCCGAGUCCUUGGAGAGGUGCUUCCCGCGGGGCCCACCGGACUGCGCCAAGAUGCUGGACGGCAUUAAAAUGGAAGACCACCCCCUGCGCUCGGGGCCGGCCACGCUGGGAGUGCUGCUGGGGUCGGAGUGCCAGCACCAGGCCGUCUGCGAGGGCUGCCAGCGGCCCAUCUCGGACCGGUUCCUGAUGCGGGUGAACGAGUCCUCCUGGCAUGAGGAGUGCCUACAGUGCGCCGCGUGCCAGCAGGCGCUCACCACCAGCUGCUACUUCCGGGACCGCAAGCUCUACUGCAAGCAGGACUACCAACAGCUGUUCGCUGCCAAGUGCAGCGGCUGCAUGGAGAAGAUCGCCCCGACGGAGUUCGUGAUGCGCGCGCUGGAGUGCGUGUACCACCUGAGCUGCUUCUGCUGCUGCGUGUGCGAGCGCCAGCUGAGGAAGGGGGACGAGUUUGUGCUCAAGGAAGGGCAGCUGCUCUGCAAAAGUGACUAUGAGAAAGAGAAAGACUUGUUGAGCUCGGUCAGCCCAGACGACUCAGACUCAGUCAAAAGUGAUGAUGAAGAUGGAGAUGUUAAGCCGACCAAAGGCCAAGUAACCCAAGGAAAAGGAAGCGAUGACGGGAAGGACCCCAGAAGACCUAAACGACCAAGGACAAUACUUACUACACAGCAGAGACGAGCAUUCAAGGCAUCCUUUGAAGUAUCUUCUAAGCCCUGCAGAAAGGUCAGAGAAACAUUGGCAGCUGAAACAGGGCUCAGCGUGCGAGUCGUCCAAGUCUGGUUUCAAAACCAAAGAGCAAAGAUGAAAAAGCUAGCACGAAGGCACCAACAGCAGCAGGAGCAGCAGAACUCACAGCGACUAGGGCAAGAAGUAAUGUCCAACCGAAUGGAAGGGAUGAUGACAUCUUACACACCACUUGCACCACCACAGCAGCAGAUUGUAGCAAUGGAGCAAAGCAGUUAUGGCACAGACCCAUUUCAGCAGGGUCUUACCCCUCCACAAAUGCCAGGCGACCACAUGAACCCCUAUGGAAACGACUCCAUUUUUCAUGAUAUCGACAGUGAUACCUCUUUAACUAGCUUGAGCGACUGUUUUCUUGCCUCUUCCGAAGUUAACUCCAUGCAGGCUAGAGUAGGAAACCCCAUUGACAGGCUGUACUCUAUGCAGAGCUCCUAUUUCGCCUCAUGAAAAUAAAGAAAACUAACAGCCGGCGUGCGUUUAGCCAGUGACUUUUCCAGUGCAGACUCUACAGCCAUAUGUUGCCCAGCUCUUCCUUCACAGUGACUCUGCUGCCUCUGGACUGCAAAGAGCGUUUUUUUAGGAAGACUGUCUCCGUUUGCAUAUAUGUGUAUGUAUGUACAUAUAUUUUAAUACCUACAUACAUACAUAUAUAGAGAGACAAAACACAUCCACCCGUCCCAUACCCUUGGUUCCCAGCUGGCGCCAGACCACGAGACAAGCAUGGAAGGAACAGAAGAACCUGCUCGUCCUCAGCCUUUGAUCUGGUUUGGUUUGAGCUCAUCAUCUUAAAAGAAAUGGAUUUUGUGGAAAGCUAGACCUUUUCCUCCUCUCUCUUCUCCUUUCUUUUGGAUGUCUAAACUUUUUUUUUAGCCACUGAUACUGACAUCAGUCAACCAUAUGACAAAUAAAUCAAAGAAACUGGAGAUUCCUCCUUUUCUUACUGCAUGAUUCAUACUAUGUUGUGGAUAAAUUGCCAUUUGAACUGUGAGAAGUUAAUGUAAAUGUGACGUUCAACGUUUGUUUCCUUUCUACACUUUUUCUACAUAACCUAGAUCUGCUCAUUAGUUUAUAGCCCUUAUGCGUAUGAUACUGAGGAAACUGGUUAGCAGUAUUUGUGGAGAAAGCCAGUGAUUUCAGAGUAAGAAAGGUCUAUGACCUUGGAGAGGAGAUGCAUGUUAGGGGCAGAGGCAUUUAGGUUAGUAUUGAUCUUAAAUAAUUAAAACUAAAGGUGCUUACAAGACAGAUCUAUUUAAUUUUUUUCUGAAGUGUGAGAUUAAAAUAUUUACAUUUGUUUGUAAGUAUUGCAGUGCCAAAUUUCAAGUCUAGACCAUGAUUGGCAUAGAAGUGUUUUUCAUUCUGUUCUGUUUAUUUGUUUUGCAUGAGGCAUAAGUAUGCUGUUGUCCAUCUGGAAUAAUUAAGCACUCCUUUAGUUACCUUGCCUCAGCAAGAAUCAAGGAUACACAGUUCUAGCCUGAAACACCAGAAGUCCUGAAUUGUGCACCAGCCAGGAACAGGAAACUAUGAAAGAAAUUACAAUGGGAAGUUCAGGUAUGUUGAGCUGAAAUUUUACCAGGGCCUGGAAAUGCCCCCCUGCCAGGACUCCUGGCUGUGGUGCCAGCUGACUGAUGAAGGGGUGGCCCAGCUGACGUCUGUCUCUGAUGCUGAAGUUUGAGCAUAUGUCAUAUAGAUUUUUGUAGGGCAUAAAAUAUCAUAAAUAAUAAUAGUAUAGCUAUAAAUAUUGCCUGGUGAUAAUUAUAAUGUGGAGAAGCAGACAAGUACAGUCAUGGCUCUCAGUAGAGAAAACUUCAUGGGGAAUAUUUGCCAGGGUAAUAUCAGUAAUUAUAGGGUGUGUUCAAAAUAGAGCUCAUGGGGAAAGAUUGGCAGGAUAGGCACUUUCUUAAAUAAAUACCUUUAAUAUAUUGACCAUAAUAGCUGAAAAACAAGUCCAAAGCUUUCGUUAAUCUAACUCCUCCGGGCUGAGGACUGGUACCAGGCCAGCAUGGCAGUGUCCCUGUGGGGCUUGGCAUCUUCUGCAGGAGCGUGGGUCUCCCAUGGAGGGGGAGGCCAGAGCAGGACCCCUGUAGCCUCAGCACCUGGGGGGGAGCAGCCCCACUGGGGGGACCACGGCCUCAGCCUCGGGGGGUCCUGCUGGGAGCCCCGCAUCAGCUGCUGGAGACAGGCCCUCCAGGGGUUCUGGGGGCACGGGUGGGAAGGGCAGGAGGAUGGGUCCGAGGGAAAAAAUACCAUUUUGCCCCAGCUUGGAGGUGUGCACUGAGCAUGUUGGACGUUUCUUGAGAAAGCCAGGCUUCACCUGCAGUGCAAGGGUGUAGGUUCUCACUCUGGAGAGGAUGAGAGCACCGUGGAUGAGGCUCUGUGUGUGUGUGUGUGUGCCUCUGUGUGUGUACAUGUGUGUCUGUGUGCGUGUGCCUGUGAGUGUGUCCGUGUGUCCGUGUGUCUGUCUGUCUGUGUGUGUGUGCCUCUAU